AUGAGGAUCCCAAAUCCUACCGAAUCUCUAAGCAAUCCGAAUGAUGGGGAAGUCAUCUUUUUUACGGACGUACUUCUGCAAGGGGUGAGGCUCCCUCUGCAGCCCUCCGUUCAGAGGAUCCUGGCGCAGAUAGGCUAUGCUCCCAGCCAGUUCAAUCCCAACUUCUGGGUGGCGCUAAUGGGUGUGGUCACAGCCUUCGGCAUGGCUAGCGAGGGAGAGCCUUCGUACGAGCAGUUCUCCCAUCUGUACAGCGUCACGAAGUCGAAGUCUGCCGAUCACGGGGGCUGGGCUACCGAGCGUGGCCAUUUUGUCAACGCAGUGCCAACCUCCCAGAAAACGUGGAGGAAACGACGGGUGCUUUUGUCUGGUGACUGGGAGUCGCCCGCGGGACAUCCCGUCCGUUUCCACAUUCCCACCACGUUUCAAAUUGCCGGUAGGCCAUUCUACCGUUCGUUGAAGCAGCCGAGCGCUACACAAGCUGAGAUCUGGCAGAUCGAGAGGGUGAGGCUGAAGGUCCCUGCCGUGGAGAGGGUUUAUCCGAAGUUUCUCUUCACCACCAAUCUUGUCAAAGCUCAACUCGUCAGCCCUGCCGAGAGUAAGCAUACUUGA